UGGAAGACCCAUUGCCAGCGACGUCUUAGUCGUUUGUGAAUCGCGGCGUGGAUCGGUCGACCGAAAUCUGAGCAGCUCUCACAGUGCAGCAGGCGAAUUGAAAUGCAAGCGAAAAUCUUCUGGAAAGCCCUCCUGCUGGGCCUAGUUGCCCUGCAGCACGUGGAAAUAGGAGCUGGUUACCGUAUUCUGGCGCCCUUCAUCUUUCCCGGCAAAAGUCACUUUAUGAUGACCAAUGCGAUCAUCAGAGAAUUGGUGCAUAGGGGACAUGAGGUGACCUUCAUUACGCCAUUCUCAUUGGCCAAGGAGAACCUGGGUGCGAACUACACCGAGAUUCUAAUACCGCAAUACAAUUUUUGGACUGCAAUUUUGGGCUCCUCGGUCAAAUCGGUACUAGACAUGACAGAUAUCAACACAAUUACAUUCCUCAAAAUGGCCUAUGGGAUGGGAUUGGGAAGCACAAACUUUGCAUUUGAGCAGAAGGAAUUUCAGAAUCUAAUCACUGCCAAAGACAAGGUGGGGAAAUAUGAUUUACUUCUGGCCGAGCAGUUUUUCAAUGAGGGUGCCCUCAUCCUGGGUCACCUCUAUCAAAUUCCAAUUAUAACCGUCACAACGUUCGGCUACUCAAACUAUCUGAGUUCCCUGACUGGAUUAAUUAAUCCCUGGUCAUAUGUGCCUCACGGAUGGAAGCCAUAUACGGAUCGAAUGUCGCUCACAGAACGUAUCGACAACGUAUUCAGCUCGUUCGCUGAUGAACUGAUGCGCUACUUCUGGUAUUACCCUGCCCAGGAUGAGAUACUACAGAGGCACCUGUCCACACAGUUCAAAGACUUGCCAACCAUUAAGCAAUUGGAACAGAAUAUCUCAGUUAUUCUUCUGAAUAGCUAUGUGCCUUUGGAUGCGCCUAGGCCUUUGGCGUUCAACAUGAUUCCUGUCGGCGGACUGCAUAUAAAACCCAACAACCCUCUGCCCACAAAUAUCAAAAAGUUCUUAGAUGAAGCCAAGGAUGGAGCCAUCUACUUCAGUUUGGGUUCUCAAGUGCGAAGUGCGGACCUUCCACCCGAGAAAAUACAAAUGUUCCUUGGGGUCUUUUCUAGCCUUAAGCAGCGCGUUCUCUGGAAGUUUGAAGAUGAUAAAUUACCCAAUCUUCCUCCCAAUGUGAUGGUCCAGAAGUGGAUGCCGCAGACUGAUAUAUUAAACCAUCCGAACGUGAAGGUUUUCAUAUCCCAUGGCGGUCUCUUCGGAACACAGGAGGCGGUUCAUUAUGGUGUACCAGUCCUCGGCAUGCCCGUCUACGCCGAUCAACAUUUAAAUAUUAAGAAAGGCGUAGAUGCUGGCUAUGCUCUAAGCGUAAGCUACCGCACCGUUACGGAGAAGGAGCUGCGUUACUCGUUGACUGAGCUACUGGAGAAUCCCAAGUAUAGGGACAACAUGAAGAGAGCUUCCCACAUCUUCCGUGAUCGACUAAUGGAUGCGAUGGAUACGGCUAUAUACUGGAUCGAUUAUGUCAUUAAGCAUCGUGGGGCACCACACUUGGUGUCCGAGGGUGUCAAGUUGCCCUGGUAUCAGUUCUAUAUCCUAGACAUCGUUGGCAUUGUGUUAGCCCUAACUCUGUUGCCCAUUUUGGGUUUGCUUCUUCUUUGCCGCAGUCUCAAGUCAGCGAAGAAGUCCAAACCAAAAUCUAAACGAAACUAGGAAUAGAUCCCAAAGCCACUCAGAAACUGUAAUA